AUUAAUUACCAUGAGGUAGAGGGACGAAGAAGAAGAUGGCCAUGGAUGGCAGCAAUGCAGCAGCAGCGGAGGAAUUGGCCGUGGGUUGCUUCGUCUCCAUCAAGACCACCUUGGGCGACGACUUCCAGGGCCAGGUCAUCACCUUCGACCGCUCCUCCAACAUCCUCAUCCUUCAAGAGGGUUUGAAAGGAGGGCCUAAGCGGAACAUCAGGCUACUCAAGGCCAACUAUAUCAAGGAGUUGAGCUAUUUGGGUCAAGCUGAAGACCCACUUGACAUUAAGAACUGUUACCUUGAUCUUAAUAGUCUCAGAGCCAGAGAGGAAUCAGCUAUCAGACAAGCAGAGGCAGAGUGUGAGAGGAUCAGAGUUGGUGUCACCAGCCAGGCUCAAAACAUUUUCGAUGCCUUGUCUAAGACGCUUCCAGUACGCUGGGACAAGACUGUCAUAGUUGUGAUGAAUGAGGUUCGUGUGAGCAGUCCAUAUCUUCCCGAGUCUGUCAGUGGAGGAACUCCUGCUGCCCAUGAUCGGGUGAAGAAAGUGCUUGAGUUGGAGAAGACUUUUCCCUCAAGGGAUAAGUCAUUGUGGAUGAUGGAGGGAAACUCUCAAACUAUCACACUGACGCCGACACCAAUGCCGACUCUGACUCCGACUCUGACUCAGACUCAAGCUGAAUCCAGCAUUGGGAACACAUCAAAUCAAGCUGUUGCUGGACCAAUCGCCGGAUCAUCCUCUGUAUCUGUUGGAAUUCCUCAACCUGGAGUAGCAACUCAACCUUCUGAGUAG